AUGGCGGUGGCACGGAAAAUCAAAACUUUGUUGACGGUGAACAUCUUGGUCUUCGUGGGCAUCAUCCUCUUCUCCGUCUACUGCAGGAUCCAGGACCGCUCCCAGGAGCUGGUGCAGAUCGUCCGGAGCGCGGAUCGCCGGGCCAGGAGCCGCGGCGCUAAGGUGGGCAGCCUGGCCGACAGGGAGUCCAUCCUGCAGCGCCUGGACCACCUGGAGGAAGUGGUCUACAACCAGCUAAAUGGUCUGGCAAAGCCCAUGGGAUUAGUUGAAGGUCCAGGAGGCUUGGGCCAGGGGGGAAUGGCUGCUACGCUCAGAGAUGAUAGCCAUGAAUCAGAGACUAAGUAUGAAGAAUACGGUUACAAUGCCCAACUCAGUGACAGGAUAUCACUGGACAGGUCCAUCCCUGACUACAGACCAAAAAAGUGCAAACAGAUGACCUACCCAGAUGACCUGCCCCAGAUCUCUGUGGUCUUUAUAUUUGUAAACGAGGCGCUCUCUGUCAUCCUGCGCUCUGUGCACAGCGUUGUGAAUCACACCCCAUCGCACUUGCUUAAGGAGAUCAUUCUGGUGGAUGACAACAGUGACAAUGUUGAGCUAAAAUUUAAUCUGGACCAGUAUGUCAAUAAAAGAUACCCAGGUCUGGUGAAAAUAGUGCGCAAUAACAAACGAGAAGGACUGAUUCGAGCCAGAAUCCAAGGCUGGAAAGCAGCAACCUCUCCUGUCGUCGGGUUCUUUGAUGCUCAUGUUGAGUUCAACAUUGGCUGGGUGGAACCUGCACUUACCCGGAUCAAAGAAGAUCGAAAGCGGAUCAUCUUACCAGCAAUUGACAAUAUCAAGUACAACACUUUUGAAGUGCAGCAAUACGCCAAUGCAGCCCACGGCUAUAACUGGGGCCUCUGGUGCAUGUACAUAAUCCCACCGCAGGACUGGCUCGAUAAAGGGGAUGAGUCAGCUCCCAUCAGGACACCAGCCAUGAUUGGAUGCUCGUUUGUAGUGGACCGAGAGUAUUUUGGUGAGAUUGGCUUGCUUGACCCUGGUAUGGAGGUCUAUGGAGGAGAAAACAUUGAAUUAGGCAUGAGGGUCUGGCAGUGUGGAGGAAGCAUGGAGGUGUUACCCUGUUCUCGCGUGGCGCACAUUGAACGCACAAAGAAACCCUACAACAACGACAUUGAUUACUAUGCAAAGCGCAACGCCCUGCGGGCCGCUGAGGUCUGGAUGGAUGACUUCAAGUCGCACGUUUACAUGGCGUGGAACAUCCCCAUGGCAAACCCUGGAGUUGACUUUGGAGACGUUUCUGAAAGAAUAGCUCUACGACAGCGACUGCAGUGCCGGAGUUUUAAGUGGUACUUGGAGAAUGUCUAUCCCGAAAUGAGGGUUUAUAAUAAUACAGUCACUUACGGAGAGGUGCGUAACAGCAAAGCUAGUGGCUACUGCUUAGAUCAGGGAGCUGAAGAGGAUGACAAAGCAAUUCUUUAUCCAUGCCAUGGAAUGUCCUCUCAGCUUGUCCGCUACAGCUCGGAAGGCGUCCUGCAGCUGGGGCCGCUGGGCUCCACGGCCUUUCUGCCUGACUCCAAAUGCCUCGUUGACGACGGGAAGGGCAGGACGCCGACUCUGAAGAAGUGUGAAGAUGUCCUGAGGCCAGCACAGAGGUUCUGGGAUUUCACACAGAAUGGUCCCAUCAUCAGCAGAGACACUGGCCGUUGUCUAGAAGUGGAAAUGUCAAAGGAUGCAAAUUUUGGGCUCAGAUUAGUCGUACAAAGGUGCUCGGGGCAAAAAUGGAUGAUUAGAAACUGGAUAAAACAUGGCCGACAUUGACUGCUGGGGCUGGGAAGCUGCCUCUCCUGCCGUUGUCCAUUGCUCAGUGUGCCAUACCUUGCAAGGCAUUUGUCUUAAAGCAAAUUAGUUUGAAUAGGACUUGGCUCUCAAGAGUCCUCCGUAGUUGGGCAUUCAAAGGAAAAAAGAAGAAAAAGAGAACAGACACAUACAUGUCCUAUUUGACUCUUCCUUGCUCCGGUAGAUGACCUGGGAAGCUUAACAAGAGUUUUCUGUUGAUUUGGAAAUCUUGUGAAGAUCAGAACAAACAGAAAAGUGGGUUCCUUAAGCUCUCCUAGAGUAAUUAACAGACAGAUGUUUCUAUGAUGAGUUCAAAGGAGAGAUCCCAAUACUGCCUCAUAAAGAGAGUUCUCUGAUGGGUAGCUUUUUAGCUUUAAGUUAUUGACUGGUGCACAACUCCUAUGGUGAAUAAUCAUGUGCCUUUUUAUUGUACUUCGUAUAAAAGGGGACUGGAAAAAUCCUACCUUUUCAGCAUGUCUGGUUCAUUGUACUAAACAAGAUGAUCUGUAAAUAACACUGGAAAUAUAAUAUAAUAUAUGAUAAAUUUCAAGGUUGAUUGUUUAGGAGUCUCUAUUUCUAGAAGAGACUGUUCCGCAAAUGUUUACAGGUGGUUCUCAACCUUCAAGCUGCUAAAAAGCAGCAUUUUAGAAACCUCUUCUAGUUAGACACAGGUCAAUGUUGAAUAGGUAAAAUAGCCACAUGCUCCAUUAUAUUGCCACAUUUUACAUUUCUUGGCUGUAAAGGCAUCACAGUAUAGCACUUGCAUAUUUAACUCUUUCGAGGCAGUACAUGUCGUAGUAGAUGGAUGAAUUUCUAGAGGCCCCAGUUGGCCCACAAGCCCUGAGUGUGUCAGUGCGAGGUUCCCAUCCUGCAGUGCUGUGCAUGCAGGUGCACUGUUGUGUUGCUCCAGAAGCUGCCUGGAAGCUGGACACUCAUUACUUCUGACAAUCAGUUGACUGACUUAGGUGCCAUCUGUGGAAUUUAACAACUUGAAUCUUCCAUUUUGUUACCCAUCCUGUGAAAAUGUCAAAUGUGAGCAAAUACGCUUUGUGAGCACUGUCUAGACAAAUUUCCUGAACAAACCAACAGUCUUUUCAGUAUUUGAAAAACCAACAAAAAGCUAGUGAUAAGAGGCCAAAUUAGGCAGCAUAUAUAAAUACUGUUACUCUGAAAUAUAAAUAUUUUACUGUAGGUGACCCAUUGACAGCAUCUUUGUGAACCUGAAUUUAAUGUAUCCAGUGGUUCCUGCAGUAUCUGUGCACAAGUAGCCACAGCAAUGACAAGGCCUUAUCCAGAAGGCUGUCAAAGCUGAUGACCACUGUCAAUGUCAGCAGGCUUUGGAUGUGUGUCCAUGGCAGACAGCUUUUCAUUACAGAAGAUUCAGUCAUACUGAAGGAGAGACAGAGAUGGUAUCUGUUAACUUCACUGUUUAAUAUUUUAGAGUAAUUUUUAAAAAAAAAUUUGUUUUGUUUUAGUGAGCCAGGAAAAUAGGUAAUUGCAGACACUGCGGUACCAUGAAUCUUGGUGAUCUGUUUCUUGAAGAGCUUUUGCCAUUCCUAUUCCAAGGCAUGCUGAACAAAAUAGAAUGGAAACAAAGUUAAUUUUUCAAGGGCAUGAUAUGUAAUAAAAUAUUUACUUUUAACAUGCAAAAUCCAUCAGUUCUUGUCAACUCUUGGUUGGUAUCUAGAGAGCAUAUCACUGUAUUUUGCCCCAAUUUUAUUUUUGAAACAGAGUGUACAAGUUCUAAUACAAAGCCAA